ACAAAAUUCAUCAAAAAAAUAAAACGUAUAGCCCAAUUGCUAAGCAAGUUUAGGUAAGUGACAGCUACCUUAAACUCCAAAUCAUACCCUUCCUUUUACAGCCAUUUCUCACUUCUUCUUCCUCCUCACCAGUAAUGACAUAACCUAAAACAACAACAAAACAUGCAGCUUCACAUAUCUCCCAGUCUUAGGCAUGUCACGGUGCUACCCGGAAAAGGUUUUCGCGAGUUCGUAAAAGUGAAAGUUGGCAGUAAAAGGGUUUCGUAUCGAAUGCUCUUUUAUUCGCUUCUCUUCUUUACGUUCCUUCUUCGGUUUGUUUUCGUCUUGUCGACUGUUGACACCAUUGAUGGAGAAACAAGGUGCUCUACACUAGGCUGCUUGGGGAAAAAAUUAGGACCAAGGAUAUUGGGAAGAAGACUUGAUUCAGCUGUUCCAGAAGUGAUAUACCAAGUACUAAAAGAACCCCUAAAUCAAGAUGAACUGAAAGGAAGAAGUGAUAUUCCUCAAACAUUGGAGGAGUUCAUGGCUGAUGUUAAGGACAUGAAAUUAGAUGCAAAAACAUUUGCACUCAAGCUUAGGGAUAUGGUGACUCUACUAGAACAGAGGACUAGAACAGCCAAAAUUCAAGAAUACCUAUACAGGCAUGUAGCAUCAAGCAGCAUACCAAAACAGCUACAUUGUCUCGCCUUACGACUAGCCGAUGAGCAUUCCACCAAUGCAGCCGCCCGCCUUCAGCUACCAUCACCAGAACUCGUCCCUGCGCUCGUCGACAACUCUUACUUCCACUUCGUCCUCGCCUCGGACAAUGUGCUAGCCGCGGCUGUUGUAGCCAACUCGUUGGUUAAAAAUGCGUUACGCCCCCAAAAAUUUGUACUACACAUCAUUACUGAUAGAAAAACUUUUUCACCUAUGCAAGCGUGGUUUUCGCUGCAUAAUUUAUCUCCGGCGAUCAUCGAGGUUAAGGCAUUGCAUCAUUUUGAUUGGUUUGCGAAGGGGAAAGUGCCCGUAUUGGAAGCGAUGGAGAAAGAUGAGAAAGUACGCUCGCAAUUUCGUGGCGGAUCAGCGGCAAUUGUGGCGAAUAAUACAGAGAAGCCUGUUGUUAUAGCAGCAAAAUUACAAGCACUUAGUCCCAAGUAUAAUUCUAUGAUGAAUCAUAUUAGAAUUCAUCUUCCUGAGUUGUUUCCGAGUCUUGAAAAACUAGUGUUCCUAGACGAUGACAUAGUGGUGCAGACGGAUCUUUCGCCGCUUUGGGACAUAGACAUGAACGGAAAAGUAAACGGAGCAGUCGAAACAUGCAGAGGAGAUGAUCAGUUUGUAAUGUCAAAGAGAUUCAAGAGCUAUUUGAACUUCUCUCAUCCUUUGAUAGCUAACAAUUUCGAUCCGAACGAAUGCGCAUGGGCUUACGGUAUGAACAUUUUCGAUUUAGAGGCGUGGAGGAAGACUAAUGUGAGCCUCACAUAUCAUUAUUGGCUUGAUCAGAAUUUGAAAUCGGACUUGAGUUUGUGGCAGCUAGGAACACUACCACCAGGACUAAUAGCAUUCCAUGGACAUGUUCAUGCAAUUGAUCCAUUUUGGCAUAUGUUGGGAUUAGGUUAUCAAGACAAUACAACUUUAGCCGAUGCUCAAACGGCCGGGGUCAUCCAUUUUAAUGGCAGAGCUAAGCCAUGGCUAGAUAUAGCAUUUCCUCAUCUCCGGCCAUUAUGGGCUAAAUACAUUAAUUUCUCUGAUAAAUUCAUUAAAAAUUGUCAUAUUAGGGCUUCUUAAUUAACUUCAAUUUUGAUAUGAAAAGAAUUAUAUACUGUAUAUGUGGAGUUGAAUGAAACAAAAAGAAGAUGAGGGGGGGAAAGAGUUCUUCGUGAAAAUUUAAAGGGUUUAUUUACAUGAUGUAAAAAUUAUAACACAGCCUCGGGAAACUUGGUGUUUUUCUUCUAAAUUCUUUGGUUAUCUGUGAGGCAUAAGUAGUGGUAGGGACUUUGUAAUUCGACUUGAGAAUUCUUUAUUUGGAUUCUCCUUCUCUGUUGAAAAUAAUGAACAAAUUACUCA